CUACACUGGCAUGUUCUCCGCCCCGAUCACAUCCGGACCGUGCGGUUGACAAGGGGAGACAACCAUCCCUCGCUGGCCCCGGGCAUGAAAUGAACUGAAAUGGCCACCAACCGUGUUCCGAUCAAUUACCAGACGCCGGCGUUCCCGUCGCUCUACGAUCCCUUUCCGCGACCCAACACGCAGGCCUUCUACCUCUACUACACCCAAGAUAUAUGGCGCUUCACCCUCUACUGGACGCUGAUAUUUUAUUCGGCGAGCCACCUUGCGGUUGCGGCUUUUGCCCUGCUUAUGCAGGGUCGCACUUGGAGGAUAUGUGUUGCUGUUCCACUCGUCUAUAUCGUUAUUGCUGGGUUGGAGGCGCUCCUCGCUGGGAGUAUUAUCGGUCUUGUUCUAGGUGCGGUCUACGAAGCCGGUAACUUUCGCAUGUCGACCUGGAUCCCGAUCAUUUGGGGCGGCAUCAAUGUGCUGGUCCUGAUACUUUCCAGCUUCCCUAUGCAAGGUGGACUGUGAUACAUCGACGACGGGCACGAGGAUGAAUAUAUUACUAAGCGUGCACAAGGGAUACAGACCCUCCGUUCAUGCUAAACCUCCCUUUGAGAUUCUUGUUCACGAUCGCCUUAUGAUACAUGCAAGGA